AUGAUUAAGAAUAUUGACAAAAUGAAAAUUUAAAGAUGCUAUCAUCAAUAAUGUAGUAUUCUUGACAUUUGUCAAAUAAAUUGAAGGUAGCAUUUUGAAUAAGCCUACUCAAUUAAUUAAUACAAUACCCUCUUGAAGUCAUACGUGUUUAAUUUUUCUGUAGAUAUGAGUCACUUCAUAAGGCUUGGUGUGUCAUUUUGAUUGUCUAAGAAAACUCUCAGAAAAUAAGGUUAUUCAGCCGUGUAUUAGGGAUUCUUUCUAUCCUCUAGUUAAACUACAUCAUACUUAAGAAUUGAUUUUCUUGUUCAUAAUCAAUUAAAAGAUUUCGUACCAAUAAAGUCUGAUCAGAUCUUGAUGAAAUUGGCAUAAUAAUAGAAAUUGCGUCGAUUUAAAUAAUUAAUUCAAUUGAAUUUAAAUAUUCAAUUGAUACAAUACAUGGGAAGAAUAUAAAUUAAUGUCUUUUAGGGAGCAUGA